GUGAUAGAUGCUGACGUGGCACCAGCUGGCAUAUGCACGAGGAGGGAGUUUGCCACGUGGCUGAUGGCUUUCAGUGAGAAGCUCUCGGCCUCGCCCACCGAUAGGGUGUAUCCCGCCAUGUUUAUAGAGGGGAUAUCGGAGCAGGCCUAUGCUGACGUGGCACCCGAUGACCAGGACUUCGCCGCCAUUCAAGGUCUGGCCGAAGCUGGCAUUCUGCCCAGCCUGUUGGGUCGGAAGGACGAGGCGGGAGGGGCAGCGGAAGGGGAAGGUGCAGGGGAGGGUGAGGCGCUAUUCCGGCCAGACAGUCCCCUCACCCGUCAGGAUCUGCUGACGUGGCGCUUUGCUCUGGAGUAUUCCCACCUCCCGCCGCCCGACCUUGCCGCCCUGCGCCACACAUGCGGGCUCAUUGAUGCCGCCCGAAUCUCCCCUGCCGCCCAAAGAGCCGUCUCUUUCGAUUUCCUGCAUCACCGGGGGGGGAUGGAGCACCAACCAGAGGGGGAAGAGGAGGGUUGGGGGCAGGCCGGGGGGAAGGGGCUGGGGGAGGGGCAGGGGAGGGGGCAAGAUUUCAAAUCUGCUACUAAUGCGGCUGUUAUUCCCUUGGUGUUCGGUAAUGUUCGUCGGUUUGACCCCUUAAAGCCUGUUACGCAUGCGCAGGCUGCUGCGGCGCUCACGUUCGGCCGAACCUAUGAGACUGUGAACGAGGCUGCGGUUCGGGUGGAGGUGGCAGAGGCUCGGAAGGAAGCUGAUGUGGCGAGGCAGGAGGCUGAGUCAGCGAGGAAAGAAGCAGCGCGACUGGCCGAGGAGAUGGAAAAAGUGCGAGUGGAGGAGGUGGAGAGUGUGAGGAGGGAGAGGGAAGAGAGAGAGAGUGUGGAGAGGGAAAGGGAGUCAUUAAGAGAAGAUGUAGAGAGGCUAAGAUCUGAGAUUGUCAGGGUUGGCAGGGUUAGCAGCAGUGGUGGUGAUCGCGAUGGUGGGGUUGAAGGGAAGUUGAGUGUUGCAAGUGGGGGCCUGGAAGGAGAGGAGACGGAAGAGGCGAGUGGGGUGGCAGGCGAAGGGGAGCAAGGUUUCGGCAGCGAGAGGGAGGCAGGAGGAGGAGGAGGUGCGAGUGUGGAGGGCAGUGCUUCUGAUGGGACGGAGGAGGGCAGCAUCCAAGAACCCACUAUUCUCCCCCCCGGCUGGUGGGCGGAUUUGAUUCAACAGAGAGCAGGGGAGGCGAAACACGGCGCUGCCAAGAAUCUGGUAAAAAUCAAAGAGCGUUCUGCUGACGUGGCGUCCAGCCUGGCCGCCAGCGUGGCGGACGGCAGCUUGCAGCGGUCGUUGAGUAAAAGGGCCGAGGAAGCUGCCAGGAAGGUGCGGGAGCUACAGGAUGCAGAUCUGAAGGAAGGUGCGAGGAUGGUGCGGGAGCAAGUGGGAGGGGAGGUGGCGAGGAGGAUCGAGGGAGUGAGGGAGGUAGGGGAGAGGAUGGUGUCAAUGGGGAGGGAGGAGGCAGGUAGAAUGGUGAGGGUGGGUAGGGGGGUGAUGGAUAGGGGGGUGCGGGAGAUAAGGGAGAAAGCAGGCUACAGAUGGGCUGCUGGGAAGGGGGGCAGCAAGGGUUCUGUUGGCUCUGCUGCUGCUGCUGCUGCUGCUGCUGCUGGUGUGAAGAAGCAUGUGGUGGAAAUGGGCACAGCUUGCCUCCUCUCUGCUGCUCUCACUCAUCGCCCGAUCACCACCACACCCUCUCCUGUCUGCUCUGCUGCUCCCCUCGCGGCUGCUGCUGCUGCUGCUCCUACUGCUCCAUUUUCUUUCACCCAGCUCUACCUUUCUCCCCUUUCCUCCCUCGAGCUCCGCCUUGAGCUGUUUCUCUUACCUCACUUCCUAACUAGUCUUACCCCGUCUCCCGCGGAUCCAGCUGCGGUCGGGCAAAAUGUGGUGCGUCUUCCCUCCCCCUCCACCCUCUCUGCUCCACACUUUCCUGGGACUUUUGAGAAUUCUCAAAAACUCCCCGCCUCCCCUUUCCCCCAAGCACCCAGAGCCCCCUUCCACUUUCUUGUGUCAUCUCACCCGAUCAUUUUCUGCUUGCCCCUCUCGCCCCUUCCCCGCACCCUCUUCUCCCGUUCUCCCCCUUACCCGGCCCUCUUCGUGGUAGAGGGAGUCCUGCUCGCGGAGAAGGAUUUCAACCUGCCCAAGCACCCCGAGCUCUCAGCCUCUUUCUUGGAUCAUCUCACCCCGUUCAUUUCCUGCUUGCCCCUGUUUGUCACUACCCCGGCACUCCAGGCGCCCCCUUUCCCCCAUCCCUUCCCAACAGAGGGAGUCCUGUUCGCGGAGAAGGAUUUCAACCUGCCCAAGCACCCGAGCUCUCAGCCUCUUCAGGGAGUCCUGUUCGCGGAGAAGGACUUCAACCUGCCCAAGCACCCCGAGCUCGAGGUCCCCAACCUGCAAUAUUACCCCCAACCCCCGCACCCACGCUUCCCCCAUCAACUCCCCCGUCCUCCCCUCCCUCCCCGCCACCCGAAAUUCCCCCAUCCGUUUUCCGCUCCCCCCGCACUCCCCUCCUCCCCCCAGGUGAUCAAGCUGAUGCAGAGCUUCAAGUCGAAGGGGUUUGUGCGCGAGACGUUUGCGUGGCGGCACUACUACUGGUACCUCACCAACGAGGGCAUCGAGCACCUCCGCGACUACCUCAACCUCCCCUCCGAGAUCGUUCCCGCCACCCUGAAGAAGUCCUCCCGCCCGCCCGGCCGCCCCAUGGGCGCUGGCGGCGACCGUCCCCCCCGCCGUUUCGAGGUGGACGGGGCUAUGGGGACCGCGAGGGAUACCGCGGGGUGGCUGGCCGCGGUGGCUUUGGCCGUGGAGCUGGGGGGUAUGGUGGUGGCGACCUAUGGCAGCGCUCCCGGUGCUCCUGGGGCUCCCCCUCCCGCUGUGUAA